AUGCCCAGGCAACGCAGCAGUGCGGGCGCACGCCGUUCUUCCUCUGGUGGAGGCUUCUGUGGGUUUGAAUAUUUCUUAUCAGCCUUGAGCCAGGUCACUGGUGCGAUAUUAUGCAUUGAUUUCGGUGUGCUUGCUACGUCAUUUGCCUGUGCAGUAGGCGGCUCCCGUUCGGCUCAUCCUGCAGCUCCAGCGCCAGUGGCUGCUCCACCGAGCCCUCCUCCUAUGACAGGUGGUGGUGGUGGCGGCUUCAUGUCAAAUAUGGUGGGGAAUGUUGCCGGCGGGAUGGCUUCUGGGGUUGGUUUUGGCGUGGCACAGCGGGCUGUUGAUGCCGUCAUGGGUCCUCGUUCUGUGGAAGUAGUCCACACAAACAACGCCCCCCUCCCGGCACCUCAGACACCGACGAUGCAACAAGGACUGCAGCGGGAUCCCUGUUCCGCUUACCAAGAGGAGCUCAACCAGUGCAUGACACGCCACACCGAUAUAGCACUCUGUCAGAACUACCUGGACAAUCUGAAGGCUUGCCAGAUGCAGAUGAACAACGGAGCGUAA